AUGCCCGGUGUGCCAUCGAAUAAAGCUUGCGAGAGGUGCAAGAAGAGACAUCUUAAGUGUGAUGAGACCCGUCCGCAUUGCGAGAGGUGCUCUGCUGCCGGUGUAGAAUGCCCCGGCUAUGUCCAGACUCGCAAGUUUAUAGACCAGGGGGCAUCUGUCAGGCGCCGUUAUGCGCCUUAUCACGAGACGCAUGCAAAAUCAGGGGCAGCCGCUCAUGUAGGCGAAGGUACCACAGGUUUGUCAUCCCACGCACAGCCUAUAAUCCAAUCCCAACAGCCUCGUGCAGAGCUAUUUGGGGUUCAAUCAGACAAUGGAACAAGUGACUCGACCCUGAACUCUCGCCAAGAUGAGAGCCACAUUUCCGUCAAAAAUGUUCAGAUGGUAGAAGCUGGGCCUUUUGAUGAUAUUGAACCAGUAUCUCUACAGUCGCAAUCCUCAGUUCUGAAUGGACUGGCAGCCCAUCCGGCCUCUGAUUUGAACCUGGCUUUCGGCAGCAGAGCUCCAACGAGUCCGAUAGGCAACUCGAUUUCACCACUUGCUUCAAUAGGUCGCACUCCGGCUCUUGAGAAUGUACUCCACAAGACCUCGCUUGAUCGCCCAGACACUGAAAAGAUGAAGUCUUCAGAGGACAUUUCACCACAGAGAAGCGAGAGAGAAGAAUUCCAAAAUAUUGUUUCGGAGCUCAUGACGGGAACAGAACAUGAAAUUGCUUUUCUUACUCGUCAUUUUGCUGAGAUAAUCGGUCCUUGGCUAGACCUGUCUGAUUCGGGCAAAUUCUUCUCGGUCUAUGUUCCGAUAAGAGCCAUCAAUGCACCAUCUCUCAAAUACGCCAUUGCAGCCUUGGCUGCGAAACAGCUAGGCCGCGUGAAAGGAGCCAAAUUAUCAACAGGGGAGGGUAUGCUUACUAGCCCCGCCACGACUGAAAUGUAUCCCAAUGCCCAGGCCGAUUGGUUCCUCAAGGCAGCCAAUUAUUACUAUAUGGCCGCCUCGGAUAUAAGUAACUCGACCUCAUAUGGUUAUACCACUGCGUCCAGCUCAGCGGUCUUAGAGUCGCCAAUUGAGAUGAUUGGCCGAUGGUUGAACAGAAUGCUUGUCCAAGAUAAAGAUCAACAUGUCUCCAACAAGGACAUUUUUCGAAAAGCAGAAGAGAUGAUGGCAACAGCCGCACUAUUGACAUUCUACAAGCUGUUUGAUUCUGAUGGAGACCAGUGGCACACACACCUGACUGGCAUCCGCAAGGCCUUUGAUGUUUUGGUAGAAGCAGAUCGAGUCAACUUGUCAUUUUUCUCCCAUGGGAUACGCACUUGCUUCUGGAAUUUUGCUCGCCAGGACUACCUUGCAUCAUAUUUCACCCGAUGCCCGACGCAUCUUGAUCCCGAGAAUCUAGAUCUGUGGCGUGCGGCUGGGAUAUCGAUCGAUAACCAUGCAAAAUUUCACAUCAACCAGAGCGGACCGAUCAAUAUGUCACAGGAGGACCAGGCAGCCAAUGGGAUAUGCUGGCUUGUUUCCAAGGUUGUCAACUUCCUGGCGCAAUCACGGCAGUCGCAGAUUGCACAAUGGACGGGAUCGUCGCAAAGUCGUUCCACUGGAAGCAAAGACUCACCGGGCGAUGCUAGUCAGCUAAGCACCAACACUUGGCUGGAUCUUUGCUUCGGAUUUCAGUCUUGGUUUGAGGGUGUCCCGGAGACUUUCCGUCCCUGUGUGCGCAUUGAACAACCGAAAGAUCUCUCCAAGCCUUCUGAGAACAGCAAGCUGCCAUUUCCCGAGGUUUUCUAUAGCUUUACAACCUGUGCUGCUACCAUGCAGCAUUAUCACUUUGGUCGAAUUGCCCUACUUCUGAACCGGCCCACGGAUGAUGUCAGCGCCCCAAGCACCGCCUUUGAUCGCUUGCAGGGCUAUCGAGAGGUCACCAAGGAAGUCGAGUACCGCAGCCGGGAGUUGUGUGGCAUCGCUUUGGGUCGGCCUCAGGGAGGGGUCCGUAUAUACAUGAUCCCUCUUCUUUUCGCGGUGGGCCAGUGCUUGGAGAGCGAUGAUGAGCAUCAGAUCAUAGUCGAUCUCCUCCGAGGAGUGGAGGCUGACCUAGGCUGGGCCGCGGAAUACGCUGUUCAGAAGCUUUACGCGUCUUGGAACCGAUAA